AUGCACUUUCACGAAAUACAGAGUCCAAACAAAGACGUGCGGAUGGGAAAAAGCCAGCGAUUAGCAGCCAAUGGCAGGCGAGGGCCCGAUACCAAGGGCGAUCCCUCAGAUAGUCGAUACCCGGGUAGAACGUGCAUACAUAUACCUCGGAUCCCCUGGGAGCGUCGAGAAGGCAGAACCGAAAACCACUUGACGCUGCCAGACUGUCUGACGGCGACAAGUAGCUGCGGUGGCCAGUGUUUAAAUGUUCGCGCCCCGGUCCGCAUCCUUUUAGUCGAUCAGCAAAGUAGGAUGAGCAAGGACGCCAGUGCCAGGAUCUGCCAGCGGGAGCGACGUCUCCUGAGGACGCCCAAGUGUGCCAGGUGCCGCAAUCACGGCGUGAUCUCCUGUGUCAAGGGUCACAAGCGACUGUGCCGUUGGCGCGAGUGCUGCUGCCCCAAUUGCCAAUUGGUUGUGGAUCGCCAGCGGGUCAUGGCCGCCCAGGUGGCCCUGCGCCGCCAGCAAACCAUGGAGGCCCUGGAGGCCACCACGUCCUCAUCCACGAGGCCACCGAGAAUGCCGCCGUUGAAUGCCAACUCCAGCAGCGAGGGCGAAGAUUCUCUGGCCUCCAGUUCACCACCGCCGGCACAACCACAAUCACAUCCACAUCCGCAUCCUGCUACAACUGUGACCAACUCCUCCUCAUCCGCCACCCGACAGGCCCUGAUGGCCCAAAAGAGGAUCUACAAGCAGAGAUUACGCAGCCUGCAGCAGUCCACGCUCCACAUCACCGCUGCCAUGGAAGAAUACAAGCAGCGAUUUCCCACGUUUAGCUCGCCCCUGAUGGAGCGCAUGCGCAAACGACGGGCAUUCGCCGAUCCGGAACUGAACCACGUGAUGGAGGCGACGCUGGGCGGGAACGCUUUGUACUUUGCCACCGUUGCCGCCGCCGCCGCCUCGGUCCACCAGGAGCAGCAGCUAUAUCACCCAGUGCCAGUGCCGCCGACGAUACCGCCCUCGAUACCGCCCACCAGAAGUCCCGCGACCUCAGGAACACCCUCCUCCGUCUCCGAAAAGAAGCCCAAGCUGAGCUUCUCCAUUGAGUCCAUCAUGGGCAUCAGCACGUAG